UUUUCUGGCUCAAAUGAACCUUAGAUGUUUUUUUGUAAAUGAAUGCACCUGCAACAUUAACAACAUCAAAUCGGAGGCUGGCUUCAGGCUACAGAGUGAGACCUCCUCGCUGCAUCCUCUUCUUUGCAGCAGGGGGAUCAGAGGGGAGCAGGAGGAGGAGGACAGAGCAAAGAGUGGGCGGGGGGAACGGAUGAAGGAGAAAGAGACGGAGUGGUGAGGAGGGAGGCAUCGUCUCACUGAUGCUGAGUCACAUUUCUGGGGGACCGCAGCCGCAUCCCAUGAGUCUUUGGCAAUAAUGGAGGAGCUCGAACACACCUGCCCCCAUCCUCGGACGACUCUGACAGAGCCGGCCAUCUUUGCCAGGGAGACCAGUUGCGAUUGUCGCGCCCCCCACGAGAAGCUCACCAUUGCGCAGGCCAGCAGAGGCACCCCAGUGGACCGGCCAGUCAGAGUCUACGCAGAUGGCAUCUUUGACCUGUUCCAUUCGGGACACGCUCGCGCCCUCAUGCAGGCCAAGAACCUCUUCCCCAACACCUACCUCAUAGUAGGAGUGUGCAGCGAUGAGCUGACCCACAAGUACAAGGGUUUCACCGUCAUGACGGAGCACGAGCGCUACGAGGCGCUGAGGCACUGUCGCUACGUCGACGAGGUCUUGAGAGACGCCCCCUGGACCCUCACGCCCGAGUUCCUCGAGAAACACAGGAUCGAUUUUGUGGCUCAUGACGAUAUCCCGUACUCCUCGGCAGGAAGUGAGGAUGUCUAUAAACACAUCAAGGAGGCAGGGAUGUUUGUGCCUACACAACGGACAGAGGGAAUCUCCACAUCGGACAUCAUUACCAGGAUUGUCAAAGACUACGAUGUGUACGCCCGACGGAACCUCCAACGUGGCUAUACGGCCAAGGAGCUCAACGUCAGCUACAUCAACGAGAAGAAGUACCGACUGCAGAACCAAGUGGAUCGCAUGAAGGAGAAAGUUCGCACGGUCGAGGAGAAGAGCAAACAUUUUGUCUACCGCGUGGAGGAGAAGAGCCACGACCUCAUUCAGAAGUGGGAGGAGAAGUCGAGGGAAUUCAUCGGCAACUUCUUGGAACUUUUUGGACCAGAUGGAACUUGGAAACAGGUGUUCCAGGAACGCAGUGGUCGAAUGCUGUCCUACGCUCUGUCGCCCAGAGGGUCGCCGUGCAACAGCCCUCCGCGCGAACUGUCCCCCCUUCGCUCUCCCUCGCCGCUCUCCCCGAAAGGAGCCUCGGCAUCUAUAAGCAGCAUGAGUGAAGGCGAUGAAGAUGAGAAGUAGAUGUAGACUGCUGAACACACCCUGCCAUGCAGAUGCGCACACACACACACACACGCACGCGCACACACGCACACACACACACGCACACACUGGCUGCAGGUGGUCGUCAUGGGAGAUACAGUAGUUCUGCGCUACAGAGCUAAGAAGCCAUCACACUGUCUCUGUAACCCAGGAGACGGGAGGAAGGUGAAGAAAGAAGGGGUUAGAGGAUUUAUGUACACAGUGUCACAUAUCAUAAGGCCCAGAAUCCUUUGCAUCUUUCAAGAGGAUUUGCUCUGGAUUGUCCAGCACUGACAGAGACUGUCCAACGGCCUGCUCAUAACAUCACCUCACUGUAUUUUGUCCUGUUCUGUUUCAUUUAGUAUUUUCUUAGGGAUGAUGCCAAGACCUUUUUUCUUCUUCUUUUUCGUAACUGCCAUGACCACUAGAUGUGACUGCCAUGGCACAAAGUUACGCAAAACACUGUGUCUGACAUUCAGUCCAGCAGGUCACGAGAACCGACGGGAACUGACUCAUAUAUUCAUCACUGUGUAACUUUGUGCUUGUCAAACAGAUAGUAAGGGAUUAAACAAAAGAACAGCAGAGGUGUAGCGGUGGGAAACCCAAACACAUAGUCAGUGCUAGUUUGAAGCAAUUAACUAUAAAUAUUGGUGAAGAAAAACACAAAAAAUGAUGUCAGGGCCCCCACACUACAAUACGGACCACUGGAUUACACCUAAUCUGGAAAAAGUCUGUUAGGUAGUCUCAGACUAAGUAGCAGACCGCAUUUAGUAGCUCCUUGAAUGUAAACAUCACACCCAGAGAAUAAAAGUAAUCACUCUAAUUUUUUGCCAACAUGCUGCACAAACACACACGCAUUCUUCAGAGGUAGAUCUCACAAUUGUCAGGAAUUGCAGUAACGCAUUCAUUGUCACCAUUAAAAAAAAGGCAUGUAUUAUUUUUUAAAACAUGUUUUACCAGUCAUUAGUUAGCAGGCAUUAUGUCGACUCUUUGGAAUAUGUCAGCUGUGAAAACAAAACAAACCGGCAAACGUGGAGAUGCAGCCUUUCUCCAAUCUAACUCUGAUGAUACUUGAAACACACAAUAGUUGAAUCCCUCCAGGUGAACCGUCAGGUCCUCAGAAGCCGGAGCAUAGCCCGAUUGUUUUCAUUGCUUUUACUGGAAAUGUAUGGAUCAACCCCCUUUUGCUGAGGUCUGUGUCGGAGCAGACUUCUCUUUCACCCAAACAAUACAAUACAAUACCUUAAUGCAAUGUGGAGAACUUUAAUGUCCUGUACGCACUUACAUGUUAAUCUGCACUAUAUGUACAAACUUUAAGAAUGUGUCUUUUUUUAUCUUUUAAAUUUUAAUGUUCAAACGGCUUGGGAUGUAAAUAAAACAAAAAGGGGAAGGAGUAACUAAAUGUGAAUUAAGUCAG